AUGGCUGUUUUACGAGUCGUGUCUAAUUUGACUCAUUUGAAAGUCGAUGCAUACUACAUUAACUGUGAUGGAUAUCGUUGGGAAAGAAUUAUAGAUGAUUAUUUGGCCAAGUUGAAAGUUUUUCGUCUUAGGAUGCAUAUUCAAUUUCCUGGUAAAAAGAAUAAUGAACAACAUGUUGAUCAAUUAGUCGACUCAUUUCGUACUCAAUUUUGGCUUGAAAAACAUCAAUGGUUUAUCCAUUGUCGCCAUAAAUCUGAAAAAGACUAUAUGUCCAUUAUUCUCUAUAGUCUACCUUACGCUUUCGAUGAUUUCGUUUUGAGUACGUUAAAUAUGGCAUAUAAAUCAACAUGUCCUCAAAAUAAUGAUUAUUAUUCAUAUACCGAAGUAAACAAUCUUCGAUAUGAACAUUUUUUAGCUUCAAAUUAUAUUUCCUUUACACAAUUUUUUAAUAUUCGAAAUAUUUCUAUAGAUUUACGUCUUGACCAAACUCUUUGGAGAAAUGCCCAAAUAUUUUACCAACUAAUGUCAAUUACUAUUUUUUCAACCGAUGCUGCUGCUCAAUUCCAUUUACAAUCACUACUUGAUCGAUCACCUUCUCUAAAUUCAUUAAUAAUUUCAUCUUGA